AUGCAUAUCGAUAAUUGCGAUAGACUAUGGGUAGUCGAUAACGGAGUCGCUGAUAUGUCAACGGACGUGAAACAGAUCUCGGAGCCAGCAAUCGUGGUGUUCGACUUGAACAAAAACUCUGUUAUACGUCGGUUUGAUAUGACUGGUGAUGUGUUGAGAGACUCAUCAGUUCUCACUAGUUUGGUAGUCGACUUCGUAGAUAAAUCGUGCGAUUCCGACAAUGUGUACGCUUAUAUCACCGACAUGGGCUCCAACGCUAUCAUAGUGUACAGCUUCAAAGAGAACGAGGCUUGGCGGGUCGAGAAUCAUUACUUUCAUUUUGAUCCUCACGCUGGGGUUUAUAAAGUCGGAGACAUUGACUUUUACGGGAGCGAUGGGAUAUCUUCUGCAGCGUUAUCACAAGUGAAGAACGAUGGCUACCGGGAUCUAUACCUGCAUCCUACAUCCAGUACGAAGCAGUUUAAAAUGUCCACCAAACUGUUGAGGCACAAAGAUGCGCCCACGGAGGAUAUAUUCAAUGGAGUUGUGGUAGUGGGAGAUAAAGGUCCAUAUUCACAAGCUUCCGCAUGCGAUUUUGAUAAGAAAAAUAAUGUACUUUUCUUCACAGAGGUAUGCAAAAAUGCAAUCGGAUGCUGGAAUAUUGACAAGCCUUUUACUCCUGAAAACACACCGACCAUCAUAAGAGACUGCAAUUUAUUGGAAUUCCCCAACGACGUCAAGGACAUGCCCAUAUCGGCUGCACCAGCUUUUCUUUCGUCAGAUUUUAGUGCUAUGCGGGUGUUGAUCAUAUUUACUGAAGUUAUAUGUUUAGAUGAAGAGAUCUUAAUAUUUACAAGUAGUUAUUGCUUAACUUCGUCGUAG